AUGUGGGCUAACAAGGACGUGCUGUUCCACACAGGACAGCUAUCAACUGCUGUCAAGUCCCUCAUUAGGGACGCCUCCCCCUGGCCCUCGUGGGAGACGGCCAGUGUUCUCAUUCCACAGAGGAGGAAGCUUUGCCCGCCUCCUCUUCCCGGGUCUCCCAGGUUCACCCAGGUGCGGUGGAGCCGCUAUAGCCCAGAAUUCAGGGACCCCCUGAUUGACAAGGAAUAUUACCGCAAGCCCUUGGCUGAGCUGACGGAGGAGGAGAAGUUUGAGCGGGAGCUCAGGAAGACUCAGCCCAUCAAAGCUCCCCCGUGGGCAAACACAAGCUCCGUGUUUGAAGACCCAGUGAUCAGUAAAUUCAUCAACAUGAUGUUGAGAGGAGGAAACAAGGUCCUGGCAAGAUCCCUCAUGACACAGGCCCUGAAAAACUGCGAGCCUGUGUUUGGGCUGGCACCCAUCCUCAAGGGUGGCUGUUUCUAUCAGGUCCCUGUGCCACUAAGCGACCGGUGCCGACGCUUCCUGGCCAUGAAGUGGAUGAUCACUGAGUGCCGAGAGAAGAAGCACCAGCGGACGCUGAUGCCAGAGAAGCUGUCGCAGGAGCUGCUGGAGGCUUUUCACAACCAGGGCCCUGUGGUCAAGAGGAAGCACGACAUGCACAAGAUGGCUGAGGCCAACCGUGCCCUGGCCCACUACCGCUGGUGGUAG